CAGCCUAUUUUGAAUUUCUCUCUACCUUUGUUUACGGAAACGCAGCGAAGAGAGAGAACACAGAGCCAAGAAAAACCCUAAAAAUAGCAGAAAAAUUAUAGUUCUUUUUAAUUUCGAUAUUCAAAAAAUCGACUGUUCCUUCAGCUUCCUCGAGACGAUAGCGUCAGAUUUUUAUUGUUGCUUUUCUUGCAAUGGCUGCUACUGCAACUGCUUCUUCUGCGGACCCAACAUUUGCUCCGCCAGAUCCCACUCUUCCCAAACCAUGGAAAGGCCUAGUUGAUGGUAAAACUGGUUAUCUCUACUUUUGGAAUCCAAUGACCAAUGUCACCCAAUAUGAGAGGCCCACAAUUGUAGAUUCUGUCCCGAAGUUUUCCCCAAUGCGUUCUUCAAUUCAGAUUCAGCAAUAUUCUGAAGUGCGUUAUGGGUAUAAUCCUGACAAGGAAAAUGAUCGUUAUGGAAGAGGCAACAAUGAUGCAUCAAAAUCUGAGCCAGUAUCACGGUUUAACCAGAAUGCAAGUGGUGGACCUAUUCUUUCCCAUAAUACACCUAAUGGGACUCGCGGCUCUGUGGUUGGAGGAUCUUCUGCUGGGAGACAUGGAUUAGUGGCUGAGGGAAGUAAUUUGUCUGGUGAUGCAUAUCGCCAUCAGCAUGAGAUAACUGUAACUGGAGAUGAAGUGCCUUCACCCUUUUCAUCAUUUGAAGCUACUGGCUUUUCUUCUGAGAUACUUAGAGAGGUACACAGUGCUGGGUUUUCUGCUCCGACCCCAAUCCAGGCUCAGUCGUGGCCAAUUGCAUUGCAAGGUAGAGACAUUGUGGCCAUUGCUAAAACGGGUUCUGGGAAAACUUUGGGUUACCUAAUUCCUGGAUUUAUGCAUCUCAAGCAAUGCCGUAAAGAUCCUCGAAUGGGUCCAACUGUGUUAGUAUUGUCACCAACAAGGGAGUUGGCUACUCAGAUCCUAGAUGAAGCUCUCAAGUUUGGGAAAUCCUCAAGAAUUAGUUGCACGUGUUUGUAUGGAGGAGCACCAAAGGGUCCUCAGUUGAGAGAGAUUGAGAGAGGAGUAGAUAUUGUGGUUGCUACUCCUGGCCGGUUAAAUGAUAUUCUAGAGAUGAGCAGAAUCAGCCUUCGUCAAGUUUCUUACCUUGUGUUAGAUGAGGCUGAUCGCAUGUUGGACAUGGGUUUUGAACCUCAAAUAAGGAAGAUUGUGAAAGAAGUGCCUAGUUGCAGGCAGACUCUCAUGUACACGGCAACAUGGCCAAAGGAAGUCCGGAAAAUUGCUGCAGAUCUACUCGGAAAUCCUGUUCAGGUCAACAUUGGCAAUAUCGAUGAGCUUGUUGCAAACAAGUCUAUCACACAGUAUGUUGAAGUAUUAUCACCAAUGGAAAAACACAGAAGAUUGGAACAGAUACUGCGCUCCCAAGAACCCGGAUCCAAAAUCAUAGUUUUUUGUUCAACCAAGAAGAUGUGUGAUCAACUCGCCCGCAACCUCAGUCGACAGUUUGGAGCUGCUGCUAUUCAUGGAGACAAAUCUCAGGCUGACAGGGACUAUGUACUGAAUCAGUUUCGAACUGGGAGGUCGCCAGUGCUUGUUGCUACUGAUGUUGCUGCUCGGGGUUUGGACAUUAAAGAUAUCAGGGUAGUAAUAAACUAUGACUUUCCCACUGGAGUUGAAGAUUAUGUUCAUAGGAUUGGAAGGACUGGAAGGGCAGGUGCAACUGGAUUGGCUUAUACAUUCUUCGCCGAUCAGGAUUCGAAGCAUGCUUCAGAUCUCAUCAAAGUUCUGGAAGGAGCAAACCAGCUGGUGCCCGCUGAACUUCGUGAUAUGGCUUCACGUGGUGGUUUGAUGGGAAGGCCUAGGCGUUGGGCUCCAAGUUCUGGUGGCUUUGGUAGGGGACGUGGUGGACGUACUGAUUUGGGCUAUGGUGGCUGGGACAGUGGAAGGGGUGGUCGUGGAAUUUCUACAUCCUCUACCUGGCCUGAGAAAAGCGGCGGAGGACGUGGAAAUGAUCAUGAGUCUCGUGAUAGGUACAAUCGUGGUUUCCAUGGUAGUAAUGAUAGGAGACGAAGUCGCAGUCGAAGUCCUGCUGGUUGGGGUGAUCGUCAUAAAAACACUGGCCAUGAUCGUAGCCGUAGUCGUAGUGCUGACAGGUAUGAUAAGGGUCGUCGCUUACACGACGAGAUGAUUAAACGUGAUCGGUCACCCCCACUGCAACAACACAUGCCCCCUAACAGUAAUGGGAUUUCAAGGGAGCCGAGAAAUUUUAUAGAUUGACGGAACCCUUAUCGCAAGGAGGACUUUGGAGGAUCAUAUGGUGAUUCUCAGCACGAGCGCAGAAGAUCUGGAUAUGUGAAUGGGCCUCAUACAGGUUCUGGCAAUGAUGAGUAAGGCAAGAUACAUCCGUAUGAUCAUCGAUCUCCUUUACCUCAGAAUUGAGGCAAUAUGUUGGUUCUAUCUCUGCCUUUUGUUACUCUUGAAUUACGUAGAGCUAGCGGCAAAGGCAUAGAAGUUUCAGAAGUUUGACAUUUCAAGUGGAAUUUUUUGUUGAUUUAUCUUUAGAUAAUUUCCAAGUGUGUUCAGAAAGGUGGCAAAGUUGUAACGUAUAAUGUACUAUAAUGUGAUGGAUAUGAGUCAGAGCUGCAAAAUUAUAAGUAAUAAUAAAGUAAUUUAUUUUUCAGCGCA